CGCUGCCUGUCAUCAUUAGCCACCUGCCCCGUCCCCACUUUGGUUACAAUAUAAGACGAGAGGCUUUGGCCGCUUCACAGUGUCUACAAUUCCCCGCUUCGUCAAUGUCACGAACAAAUAUUUGGUAGCACACAUUUUUAGCACGUCAGGCUAAUGCAAAUUACCUUACCCUUGGGAGACCAAAGCUCUGGCACACAAGAGAAGAGAUCGAAGCAAGACAAAGUGUUGUUGUAAGUGCGUUAAAAGUGGCUUGGGAUAAACCAUCUGCCGGGUUUAAGAACCUGAACCAGGUGUGUAUCUGUGUGUCUCAGCAUCACCUAUAGGUGUAGGGUCUGUUCUGCGCGUGCUCAUCUUCUGAGCCAGUUUUCAGUUUAUAGUUGGCCGCACGACUGUAAACUGGCAUCGCCGAUCCGACGAGCAAGCAAAAGGUGGCAAAGAAAGUGUUCGGGAAAGAUUGGGGUCAGUGUAUAAUAUUAUUGCGCAUUUCAGGCCGCAUCUGGCCAAAUAUUAAAUACAAUAAAAUUCAGUAUUCUGUGGAACUCAAACAAGACUAAUUGAGAGUCAACAACAGCUAGACAAAGCUCUCCCUUUCGAUUAUACGUUUCCGCGCUGCUCUCGUUUUUCCCCUAACACUUAUCAGGUCCCCAAAAAAUAUUCAAAGGCAAGCCAAAGUUGAUAAGAGGCCCCUCAUUGACGGACAAAAGCAUUUAGCCCACAGCCGAGCUACAGAAUGGAGCAUCUCCGGCUCUUGCUGAUCGCCCUCUCGCUGACCCUGGCCCAUUCGGCCUACAACAGCGCAGGCGGACCACGGCCACCCCGUCCAGUGCGCACUGUAGAGCCGCUUUUGCAAUGGCAGCAGCUGGAGUACGGCUUCCCCACUGCCCAGGAUCGGCAGGACGCGCAGACAGCUGGAAAUCUGGUGCCCGAGAACGGGACCCCCAUCGAUGUGCAGGCGCAGCAUAUGGCCAAUGGCAUGGUGCGGGUGUUCACAACGAUUCCGAGAUUCGCCAACGGCAUCCCCUACACGCUGGCGACAGUCUCCGAUCAAGUGGGAGGGAAAGGCCCUCUGCUGCAGCCCUAUCCCAGCUACUCCUGGCACAACGGCCAUGGCGAAAACUGUGAUCUGAUUACCUCGGCCUUCCGUGUGGCUAUCACUGAGUGCCAUCAGAUGUGGGUGAUCGACUCGGGCAUAAUUGGAACCGAUCAGCUGUGCCCACCACAGCUCCUGCAGUUCGACCUGAAAACCGAUAGCCUCCUGCACCGCUACCGUUUCCCCAACGACACUUACAUUCCACGGGGCUCGCUCUUCAUCACGCCGAGUGUCCUGGUGCAAGAUCCACCACCACGCGGCACCUGCAGCCGCACCAUGAUCUACAUUGCUGAUGUCAACUACCACGGUCUGGUCGUGUACGACCACCAGGCGAAUACUGCCUGGCGAGCCGAGAACCGCUUCAUGUACCCCGAUCCGGACUAUGGGCGCCACACGAUUGCCGACGAGAGCUUCGACCUGAUGGAUGGUCUCUUCUCGGUGAACAACGACAAGCGCAACCUAUACUUUCAUCCGCUGGCCAGCGUUGGAGAGUAUGCCGUGCCCCUAAGUGUGCUCAACCGAAGGGAGAACUGGGCGAGCGGAGUGGAGGCCAUGGCGGAUCAGUUUAAGCUACUGGGCAGGCGCAAGAGCGAGUGCGCCGCCUCGGCCAUCGACAGCAUGAACAAUGUCUACUGCGUCACUUUCAAUCCCAUCAAGCUGUUUGUGUGGAAUGUCAACACACCCUACAGCUCGCGGAAUUUUGGCGCCCUGCCAGCCAAGUCCGAGGAUCUGCAAUUCGUCAGCGGCAUGAAGGUGGUCCGCAAUCCGGCCGGCUACGAGGAGCUUUGGCUGCUCUCCAACCGCUUUCAGAAAAUUUCUGCGGGAACACUGAACUCCAACGAAGUGAACUUCCGGAUUUUGCGCCGCAAACUGGAUGAUGUCCAGGGCGGCGUGUUUUUUGCCAGCGAUGAUGAGCUCUCCAACCGACUGGUGUUCAAACCAUGAGGGGGAAAUCAAUUGCUAAUAUAAUUCGUUAUACCCCUUACUUAAUUCGUGCUUUGGACCAAGUUACAAAAACAUAUCACUUAGGCAAUGUGGUGCUUAUUUUCAAAGGAAGAGUCCAGAAAUACUUUCCAAAUUUGAUGGUUGUACGAUCACAUCACUUUACGGCGUACAUUGUACCAAUUGUCAUAAAAAAUCAUAUUUUUUAGAAUUGUAA